AGAAAAUGAUGCCGUGAAAUGCCGUGAAGCGCCCAUGGCACUGUCAUAUUCCUAUUUCCUGUUUUUCCUGCGCGUUUACCAUGUUUGGUGCAUGGUGCUUGGACUGUUCAUGGCGCUCACAGUGGUCAUGCAGGUUGGAUUGACCAUGUACAUUGACUUUAUGUCCAGCAAAUGGGUUUAUCCAUAUGGUCCUGGCCUCGCCUUACUGGCAGCAUGUCUAAACUCAAUAUUGCUGUUGAUUGGUGGCACAAAACUUUGCUAUUCUGCUGUCUGGUUGAUGCAAGAUGCUUGGCGGGAAGAUUCUUUCCUCGCCUUCCGAUCUUUGCUUCUGUGCAGACCUUUGCACAACCAGCUGGGAGUGCCACUGAAAGAGCGCCACAGCUUGGAUCGAAAGGAUUUGUUCUUGCAGCUUGCCAUUUGUGUGCCCUUGGAUGUGGUGCCGCUGGUUUUUGGCCUUUGGGGCAACUCAGAAUGCUUCGCUUGUCUGGCCCUGAUGUGCUUCUUGGAAGUGUUGCUUUUCUGGUUCUUGGAGGUGGUUGAUGACUUUCGCUGCAAGAAGCGUGCCAUACAAAAGUUGCUCCUUCCGAACGCACCAGGGCCCCUUGCAACCUCGUCAACACCGGCCCUUUCACCCAGCCUGGCGUUGCAGCCUCUGGAGGUUGCCCAGGGGCACCCAUCCAGCAGCUUGUCAAGACCAUCUUCUGAAAGCCUUUGGCAACCGGAAGGGUGCGAAGUGCUGCGAAAAUCGUUGCUGCUUCGGCCAUGGAAGCUGUUAUUGCUGCUGUUGACCCUGAUGAUUUUGGCAUUGAUUGCUAAGACCACAGUCCUGUGGCUCAUCGCCCUUGGUGCACUGGUGCUUGCUGCAAGCCAUUUCUACCGCUCUUGGGCCAAAGGCAAGUGGUCCUUCGUGAAGGUCCAUUUGGAAAGUACCGAACACCGGGAAGACCUUUGCGAAUCGGUUGAUGAAGAUUUCAUGGUCAUCAAGCCGAUUGCCUGUGCAAACUUGACUGUGCCUAUGGGCUAUCAGAUUGUCAAUGAUGGGCUGCUGUACGAUGGGGAGGUGCGUGAUCGACUGAAGACCUAUCCCGUCGGGACCACUAUAUACUUUCGACAAAGACCUCUGGGAAAAUGGUGCAGAUUCUUAGAAGCUCGUUGCGGGGGCAGCCCCCAGCAGAUGUUCGAAAAUGGUGUUGCAAUUCUUGUGGUGGGUCUUCUGUGCUGCUCUACCCUAUUCCAGGUGGGAUACCUUGGCAGUGGCUUGCUAUUUGCCACCCUUCUGGUGAUUCAAAUCUCGCCUGCGGCUUGUGCAAUUUUCUUACCGGAGCUGGCACCGUACCUGCACGCAGCGAUCUCGUUGACCUUCGGCCUGUUGAGUUUCAUUCUGGCGCUGGUGGCGGCGCCUUGGAACAGCAUGACAUUUUGGCUGAUGCCUAUUUUGGCGAUUUCGACCCAUUUCCUGCUCCUGCAGCGUCGUUUUCCUCAUUUCAGAGCGGUCUCGGUGUCACUACUGACGCUCAUAACGCUUUUGUUGGCUCUAUUUCUCUUCCUGUCCAUCGAUUCAGCGCUGCAACCGGUGACUCCACCACCACGAGAACCAGAUGUUGGCAAUUUUACUUUUCCCGUUCAAGGAAUUCAUGGGAGCUAUGACCUCGAGUGUAGCUUGUCAUUUCCAACAUCGCAUCCAUCGAUCUUUUUGCGGUUGGCCGACUUUGGUUUUUUGAACAGCGCUGUGUACCAGCCAGAUGAUCCUCUCCAGCGGGAACUGGCGCUCUUUUCAAACGACUGGCAAGUAGUUCAUUCGCAUCGAAGGGAAGUCCUGUGCGUGUCCUCCUGCGAUAUCCAAGACUGGGCCACAUGGUUUGCGUUCUCCGGCAAGAAUGGCACAGGCCUGGAGAAUACCACGAUCCUGGUGAUUCGAGGCACCAAGACAAAGCUUGAGAUGAUUUUCGAUUUGGACUUUUGGUCCUUGCAGAUUCUUGGCAUCCAGCACCUGGCUGGUCGAUUCCUCGUUGGCCUUGGUUUCCCUUACAACGCAUUUUGGAAUUCUCCAACUUUAGGCAGAUGUUGGUUUCGAUCAAAGCGUCGGCGAUACCAAUCGAUUCUGACCUACUUGAAGGAUCUUAUCGAGAAGGAGCCACAUCGAACAAUUUACGUCAGUGGCCACUCGUUGGGUGGCGGCCUGGCACAUUUAGUUGCAACAGAACUUCAGCUGCCGGCCGUGACGCUAUCAGCCCCCGGAGUUGUAGAGACUGCAGGGCUCUUGGGCUUGGAGCCGUCAAUGCUGCAGGGCACUGUGAAUGUGAUCCCCCACGGCGAUCCAAUUCCAGCGAAUGGUGGUACCCAGGGUGGCAUUACAGUUCCAAUUCCCUGCCUUCUUGGACAGGGCCCAGAAUGCCAUAGAGUGUUCAACACAAUUUGCAUGCUAUUGAGGCAAUGUGGAGAUCCAAGACAACGUGAUAUUCCGUGCGAUUUCUGUCCUUUGGAGGCCAGACAUCAUGCAACUUGCAGACCACAUCAAAACAAAUAUCAAGAAAUUGAAAAUAUAUAG